AUGAGCGAUCCAAAUGGCGUCGACAAAAGUGUUAGUGGCUCUCAUACUGCCUUAAAGAAUUCCGAGAAGGAGUAUAAGAUCGAUGAGGUGAUGGACUUUCUCAAAUUUAGCGUCAAGUCCAGCACCACUUUCAGAGGAACGAUUUUGUUUAUGUUUAAGGAUAUGAAUGAUGUUGAACCCAAGACUACAUACGCAGUGGAAAUUAACGAGAUGCAGAAAGUAGCUACUCGUAAAAACGUUAAAGUUUGCGAAGAACGUCCUACAUGCAAAGUGACUAUUUCAAUGGACGAUUUUUUAUGGAUAUAUUCGGGCAAAGCGAACAGUGCUGAUCUGGCACGACUGUUCUAUGCUGGUCGUGUUGUUAUCACUGGCUAUGCCUUUCGAACGGUAUCAAAGUUUGCUCAAAGCUUCGAUUUCUCGUCCGAAAAAUGGCGCAAUUUUUACGCCUUGCGAAAAGCGCAGGAUGAGAAAAAUUACACGAGUCGGUCGCCUAGCGCAUUGGAAGAUGUGAGAAAUGUUGGCUCACCCUCAAGAGAUUACUGGUAUUUCCAUGCGAAAUCGAUUUUGGACUGUUUUCAUAUCACUAAAGUGCAGCGUAUACUCUGGGAGACCUCGCUUGCCAGUCUUUUCGGAGAGAAGGUUGUUUUGGCAAGCGUUCGUCACGCGUCUUUAAGAGACAAUAAAAAUGCAUCAAGUAUAUUUAACAUUAUUGCUCGUGUUGUCGGAAACUCUGGUCCUGUGUCGGCGGACUUGAAGCGUCGGGCGACUGCUGUUAUGACGCCUAAUAAUCUUUAUAAAGAGCGAGAAUUGCGCACUGAACUAGAGAGAAUUUUGUACCAGUCUAGUUCAUCGGCUACUAUCGUCAAGUCUUUCGCGGUUGUUAAUCUCAAACAAACUGCCUCUUCCAUGUUUGACUUUAUAAGUAAAGAUUACAUUAAGACUGUGAAGCUCAGUGCCAAGGAACGCCAGCGGCGUCGGCAUCACCGCAAUCGUGUGGAUCUUGGGGAUGCCGGCAUGGCGCAGCUUGACAAAUUGGUCAAGGUGAUUGGUAAGGGUGGACACUCAAAUUUAAAACGAGACAACCGCUCAAAAUACGUACCUGCUCCCGAGUUGCUUCUGCGCGAAUUUCGCGUAAAUGUUACUGUUCUUAUGGACAAAUUGAAAGAAAAGGCUUCUGGACACAAGGCUUUGCAUGAAAUUCCUGCGCCUGAGAUGAGCUGGUUAGUUCGCAAUGGACACUCAGGCAGCAUGGUGAUUGCAGACAGUAGUAGUCACGAUAGAAAGAGCGAUAUAGAAUCCGCUUUGUUGUCAGCUUCUCCAACUUUGUCGCACUUGCCGCAAAGAAUUACUGUGGAAGUGAAUCGUGCAAAGAUAGCUCGCAGCCGGAGGCGCUUUGAGGGUCCCAAGCAGCGAAUCAAAGCAAAGUUUGCGUCAUUUUCACGCGAUCUGCUUAACGAGACAAACCCAGUUGUGUCGCACCUCGACGAGCACCUUGUCUUUUCCGACUAUCUUUAA